AUGGUGCUACUGUGGUCAUUUUGGCCGUUGCUAACACCAGUCGCGGCUGCUGUGGAAGCUGAGUGGGUCGAUCUCCUUCAAAGCAGGGCCCGACAAUUCACGACUAUCCUCGAGACAUCCCAGCCAGAGCCGUUCGUCACCGUGACGGCGCGCAAUGUGUCGCUCAAUGCCUGGGGUAAUGAAACGGCUCCUGGGGUCGCCCUGGAGCUCGUGUCUGGGUCGACAGCCAUCACCAUGGAGGCUAUCAAAAUCAAAGGUGGGCUGAUCCAAAGCUUUAGCCUCAACAACCGCAACAUCUUACUGCAACGGCCCCACAUGGAUCAGAUGGAUGGCAACAUCUUCUGGCCUGGCCCCCAGUCAAAAUGGGGCUGGCCACCCCCUAAGGCCAUUGAUCCAACACCGUCUAAAGACUUCACCACUGCCUAUGCUCUGGAGAUCGACUUCAUGACUCGCAGCUUCGAGCUUUUUAGCCCCGUCUGGGAGGAGCAAAACCUCUCUGUUUCCAAGAAGGUCUCGGUGGAUGUCUCACGGAUGUCUUUCCUGAUAGACUAUGGGAUUCAUGUCGGUGGAGACACGAAGAUAAAGUGGGCCCCAUGGGAAAUCUCCAGGGUGCAGCCCUAUGGCUUGACUUUCUUCAAAACUGGUUCAGAACAGACUUCUGGCACAUGGCCCUCGCUGGAUUUGAAGCACCGUGAUGGCGUGACAUGGUUCCCGCAGGUGGGUGACAAGGCAUCCGGAAAGCUGUUUGCCAGCACCGUGCCAUCACUGCCAUCAUCAGAGAUGUCAUGGUUGGCUCACACGGAUGGCGCACUACUCUUCGUAAAGUGCUUCCACCAUAUUCCCAACGGCACGCAGGCUCCUGGAGAGCUGCAGAUCGAAAUUUAUGAUGGCACCGACUAUGUGGAGGUUGAACAGCAGGGUGCCUACCAGGAAGUGUUCCCUGGCCAACCGGUGACCUGGAGGGUGGAAUGGCUUCUGAGAGAAUUGCCUGCCGGUGCGAAGCCCAUUCCGGGUGAGCGUCUCCUCGUGGCUGCCGCUGACGAGCUGUGCUCGUGA